UCAGUUCUUGGCAAUGUUUCCCAGCCCCAGCACGUCCACUCCCUUCUCUGUAAAGGAUAUAUUAAACCUGGAGCAGAGUCAUGACGUUAUGGUGUCUUCUCUGGACGUUUCUUCUCGAAUGGACUGCUGCACCGUGCCGACCUCCUCCUCCUCCUCCUCCUCCUCCUGCAUGCUGGCCCGCCUGAAGCAGGAGCCUCUGCGGGACAUGUCGUCCGCCGCCGCCUCGAUGUUUGGAGAAGACCUCCACGACUCCAGAGCCGGCAGAGGCAAUGCCCUCAACUAUGCUACCUUUUAUGGGAAAUCCCUCAUGGAGAUGGAUGUAGUUAAGGAUGGGAAAUCAGACGCGUUUGAGGGGAAACGCAGAAAAGAGGACUUCAGCCCUCCGACCGAGCCUGCGGACGACAUAAAAACAGAGGACGCAGGGAGACCCAAGCCCCGGAGACGCAGGAAGCCGCGGGUCCUGUUCUCCCAGGCGCAGGUGUACGAGCUGGAGCGCCGCUUCAAGCAGCAGAGAUACCUGUCCGCGCCGGAGAGAGACCACCUCGCCGGGGUGCUAAAACUCACCCCGACCCAGGUGAAGAUCUGGUUCCAGAACAGGAGGUACAAGUGCAAGCGGCAGCGGCAGGACCAGAGCCUGGAGAUGGUGUCUCUGCCGCCGCCCAGGAGGGUGUCGGUGCCGGUGCUGGUGCGGGAUGGGAAGCCUUGCCUGGCGGCAGACACAGCCACUUACAACCCCUCCUACAGUAUGGGUCACAUCAACCAUUUCACCUAUAACAACUAUCCAGCUUUCAGUAACUACACCAGCCCCGGCUGCAACACAAACUAUGCGUGUAACUACCCUGCAGCCACAAUGCAAACUAUGCAAGGGUCCUCCAACAACGGGAAUUACAUGAACUUUGGGGUGGGGGACCUGAAUAAUGUCCAGAACACAUUUCCCUCCAGUAACGGGGUGUCUUCGUUACAUGGCAUUAGGACAUGGUAA